AUGCAUUCCAAAGUGGCCGACAUGGCGCCUAACGACCAGCCUGACGACCAAGCCCCACCCCCGUAUGAGGAGAUUCCACGGGAUUUUGGCGAAGCUCAGGGAAUCUCUGUUAACGAUGACGGCCGUGUUGUCGUGGAUGCUAGUUCACGGCUUUGCAGAUCGCUUUCCAAGCUAUUGCCUCGUGUUAUCCCUCCAGUUCUACUGCCACCAAGUUAUUCAGAAGAGGUUCCAACCUUCAAAUUUCCUCUGAAUAUUGUGAUUCAAAUAGUGGGCAGCAGAGGAGACGUCCAACCAUUUGUUGCACUUGGCACAGAGUUACAGAGCAUUGGUCACCGCGUACGUAUUGCAACACACAAUGUCUUUGAGCAAUUUAUCCUCGAGGCAGGCUUGGAGUUUUACCCUAUCGGCGGUGAUCCGGCGGACCUAAUGUCAUACAUGGUCAAGAACCCUGGGUUAAUCCCCAGCCUAGACAGUCUCCGUGAAGGAGAUGUCCAAAAGAAGCGUUUGAUGAUGGCAGAGAUUCUGCAUGGUUGCUGGCAAUCAUGUCUAAUGCCCGACCCUACCACAAAUGCCCCUUUUGUGGCAAAUGCCAUUAUUGCCAAUCCUCCAAGCUUCGCUCACAUUCACUGCGCCCAGGCCCUAGGAAUUCCACUUCACUUGAUGUUUACAAUGCCAUGGAGUCCAACAAAGGCAUUCCCACACCCGUUGGCCAAUUUGAAAAAUGUCCCGGCUGAUCAAGAGUGGCUCAAUCGUGUCUCUUAUAGCGUCGUGGACUGGCUAUCAUGGCAGGGUCUUGGAGGUGUGAUCAACGAUUGGCGGAAACAUGAGCUAGAGCUCGAGCCUAUCUCUCUUUCCGAUGGCCCUUUCAUUCUAAGCAAAUUGAAUGUCCCCUAUACCUAUUGCUGGUCUCCUGGCCUAGUUCCCAAACCUGAUGACUGGCCUCAGAAUUUUGACGUUUGUGGUUUCUUCUUCCGUGACCCUCCCCAAUAUCAGCCUCCUCUCGAUAUUGCAGAAUUUCUUACCGCUGGGCCUCCUCCGGUGUAUUUUGGAUUCGGAAGUAUCGUUCUUGAAGACCCACAAGAGAUAACGAAAACGAUUAUACAAGCGAGUGAGGAGACUGGGGUGCGGGCAAUCAUUUCACGGGGCUGGAGCAAGUUAGGAGUGACGGACUCGGGAGAACUAAACAAGAGUAAUGUUCUCUUUAUAGACGAUUGCCCUCACGAAUGGUUAUUCCAGCAAGUAAGCGCGGUUGUUCAUCAUGGGGGCGCCGGUACAACUGCGUGCGGGCUGCGCAAUGGCAAGCCUACUAUCAUUGUACCAUUCUUUGGAGACCAACCAUUUUGGGGAGAAAUGGUUUCUGCAGCCGGCGCAGGACCAGACCCUAUACCAUACAAACAACUCAAGGUCACGACAUUGGCUCAAGCAGUGCGGUUUUGUUUAACAUCAGAUGCGGUACGUGCUGCAAAAGAUAUUGCAAUCAAAAUGCAGCAAGACAAAGGGGUUAAAACAGCUGUGGCAUCGUUCCAUCGGAAUUUACCACAUGGUCUGGUCGGAUGCGACCUAUUACCGAAAUUCCCGGCCUGUUGGAGAUAUCGACUAGGCAAGAAAAUAUACCACUUCUCAAAGGUUGCUGCAGAGAUACUUGUUGAAAAAAACCUGUUAGAUGUCAAAAGGUUGAAACCAUACCAACCAAAUCCCAUUAUCAUUGAGAACACACGAUGGGAUCCGGUGACAGGUAUCUCCUCCGCCGGAAUGGGAGUCACAUUUGAUAUGCUCAAAGCAGGAGGUGAUAUCUUUUAUAAGCCGUACAAGGUAUACCAAGACGGUCGCACCUCCCCUCUUCCAUCACCAGCUGUUUCAGAAAAUAGUUGUACCAAGCUACUGUCACCAGCAGGCAGUACAGCACCAGUUCACAAAGCUCGCUCAAUGAAUAAUUUGACAGCACUUAGGGACGUUGAGCCCAAGGAAAAAGGCAGAGGUGUCGCCAUGGCUUCAGCAUCGACUCACGCUUCUGGGAAAUUUCUAGGGAAGUUCUUUUCUGGAUUUAUGGUUGAUCUGCCUUUGGCUGCGGCUGAAGGCUUUCGUGUGCUCCCUGGUCUCUAUGGAGACAAAGUUCCCCAAUACGGACAGGUAACAGAUUGGAAAUCUGGCGCAGUUGCAGGUGCUAAAAGCUUUGCUAUUGGCAUGGGGCAAGGUAUGACUGAUGUGUUCUAUCAGCCAUAUAAAGGUGCUAGAGACGGAGGUGCCGUAGGCUUUGCUGGUGGGUUGCUCAAGGGUACUUUCGGGGUGGUGGGAAAGAUGGCACAUGGCUCCCUUGGUCUGGUUGCCUAUCCCAGCCAAGGUAUUAAACAAAGUAUUCACUCUGCAUUUCAUAAGAGCACACGAAAGUUUAUUGUGGCGGCUCUUCGCCUGGACGGACAAGAUAUGGUUCGGCAAGAGAGAGUGAGAGGGAUUGAUGACCGGAUGGUCAUUGAGAAAUUCAUAGGCAUGACCAGGCCAAAUGAUUUUGACGAAGAUAGUGAUUAUAUAUAG